GUCAGGUCGGGAGGGCAGGUAGAGCAGUGAGGCAGCCGGCUGUGCGGGGAGAGAAAAUCCUGUGAUACCGCCUGCCUUUGUCUGCUGGGAUCGCGUGUCUGGAGAAGAAGCCAGAGAUCCCCGGUAUCAGCCCUGUCACAGCAACAACAGAAACAACCUUUUAGUGUCAGACGGAACUACCCUAAUGGAUCGCUACCGCUACUUCAUCUUUAACCAGCGAAGCAUGGUGGUGCUAGGGAUACUUCAGAUUGCCUUUGCUGGGAUCUCCAUAGUAUGUGGUUUCAUGGAUGGUGCCUUCAGGAAAGAAUCUGUGUUGGGCAACAGUAGAGCCCCGCUGUGGGCUGGAGUGAUCAUGGCUCUUCCUGGUGUACUGGCUCUCUUUUCCUCUCAAAAGAAAAACCCAGUUCUGGUGAAUACUCUAAUAGCUUCCUCUGUCUUCUCUUGUUUUACCACCAUAAUUAUUAUUGUAUAUGCCUGCCUAACACUUGGCUAUGGAGAAGAUGAUGACGAUGUGUUUUCUCACACACCUGUCCAUGUUAUUCACACGAAGUUUAUCCUUGGUCGACUAGUUAAAGGUGCAAACAUAGCCAUGUUGAUUGCAUCGUUCCUGAGCCUUUUUGUGGUCCUGUGCAUUGCGUACAUCGGCUGCCGGAGUUUACCGCAUUGUAUGUGUUAUGACAAUAUAACUGGAAUGGAAUGGUUGCAUCCGGACCAACCUCAGACAGUUGAACUUGUCUGUACGUUCAGAGGUGAAGAAGAGAGGAUUUUUAACUCGCCGGUACCUUUUACUGACUGCAGCGCAGAGGCUGAAGAUGAUUUUUCCCGACCUCCCCCUUAUAUCAGGCUUUCAUGAGAAGACAAAUUAUUUUUCCACCGAAAAAGGAAGAUUUGACCUGAGGAAAGACUCUGAUUUUACAUUUUUAACAGCG